AUGGCCCCCCUGCGCGGCGGACGGAGCACGAACCCCGGCACCGUGAAACACGUCCGCGAUAAGUUUGUGCGGUGGACGGCGCGUCCGGAUGGGGAGUAUGAUGCCCGCUGGAAGGGCGCUUGUAUCCCUACGGGCGACCAUGUACUAAAGAUGCUGGAUUGGUAUAGCCAUUGUGAUGUCUACGAGUUCCCCUUUAUUGGUAACGUCACGCGGAUGAGCUGUGGCGCGACGAAUGCAUUUUACUUUGUUGAAUUCGAGCCCCUUUCCAGACCUGUCGGCCAGGGUAAGAUGUCGCCUCUCCCGCGACAGGUGGUCCUCAAGCUCAGUCUACCUGUUUGCCCUCACGACAAGCUCGAGGCAGAGGUCGCAGCCAUGGUGUUCGCUAGGCAAGUAUCCCCGGCCGUUGUGCCCCAGGUCCUCGUCUUUGACUCUAUCGGUAGGGGCCCACUCGGGCUAGAGUGGAUGAUAAUGGAGGUACGCACCGGGUUCCCUCUACUCAGCGCGAUCGAGGAGAACUAUGCCCUCGCGGCGCACGACUUACACGCAGCUAAGCAAGAGACUGGCUUGGAAGGGUUCAUGGAUAUAUCGCCCGGCACCAUGCCGAACCUCAACGACGAGGACAUGAAAGCCAUUGCGACGGAGAUACAACUCUUUCUCUCUGAGCUGCAGAACGCUCUGCCGACUGAGUUCUUCACUGGCCCCAUUGUCCACCCUCACUUCUACGGCGCUGAAAGGUACUGGUCAGUUCAGAACAACGGGCCGUUCAGACGGAUCAAAGAUUAUGUCGACGCUUACGCCGCAAUCUGGGAGCUAAAAUAUAAAAAGUAUCCCGAGAUCAAAGAGCGCAUACGAAAAUUACGAGAGGUUGCCCUGAAGAUGACAAACCGUAUGGGGUUCAUGGUCCCGAACCCAUGUAUGUUAGAAGCGACUCAUGGCAGCGUGGAUGGCUGGCCUGUGACGCUGGUCCAUCCUGAUCCUCACCCAGGCACAAUCCUCUUUGACGGCAAACGGAAGUUGGCAGCCGUCAUGGGAUGGGAGAGUGCAGUGCUGAUACCAGCACCGCUGCGAAAUCUUCCAGUGGCGCUGGACUGGGCGAUGCAACUAUACGGAGUGGCAGAUGCCAUUGACCCUAUGCAAGUGAACGUGCUUGGGGCGUUGCCCGUUCGCAAAGAGCGCGUACUACGGACGAUGCAGGAAUGGGCAAAGAGAAACGCCUCUGAAUCAUUGGAGCCUGUGAUGAAUUUCCAAGGAGGUGUCGAUGCCUCUUUUCAAGCAUUGAAGAUAGCUUGCGAAGAUAUGAUGCGGCAACGGGGUAUAGAUUGGAUUGAGCGUGUCCAUUCACAGCUUGUUGUCCGCUCGUAAGGAAACGAUUAUCGCCAGCGCCAUGGUCCCACGGAGAGAGAAAGCUAGGUCAAGUCUUGUGCGCCCGGAAGGCUUGAACGGGAGGAAAGGAAUUCAUAGACAGCCUAGCAAUUUCAUAUCCAUGCAGGAAAAGUUGCUACCAGACUGAGUGAUGCAAAGGAAGGGUGUUGAUGGCCUCGCAUUCUGUGAGAAGUACUGCGCCACAUCAGUGCAGGCAUAUAGACGAGAUCGAAGCAGAUCUCGGGUGACGGCUGUCAGG